AUGUUGACAAAAAACUACCAUCACCAAAUGGGAGGUUUUGUUUUAACCACAGUGGCCUGGCUACUUUGCUGCAUCUCCAUGGGGCUUCCUCAGUGGCGAGUGUGGUACUAUGAAGAUCCAGUGAUUUUCAAGCCUACAGUGGCUUUUGUGGGCAUAUGGAGAUCCUGUGUUUUCUACAAUGGCAACAACACCAGGGACAUCAGAAUAUGUCACCGAUACAACUACCAUGACUCCUUCCUGCCUUUGUAUAUUCGAAUAAACCAGCACCUGCUGCUGGUGUCCAGCUUUCUGGGCCUCUUUGGGAAAAUCACCAUCAUUAUUGCUCUUUGGAAAGUGUGUAUUGGAAGAGAAUGGAGGAAUGCCACCUGCAAUCCAUUCAGCCUUUCGGGGAUUUUGAACAUCAUUGCUAGCAGCUUUCUUUAUCUUGCUGUUCUUUUCAAUUACAUAUCCAUAAUACGCAAAUGGGGGAUUGCCUUUCCACCAUAUUUCCACAUGCCUUCUCACCCAGACACUCAGAAGAUUGGUAGUGCCAUGGCUCUGGCAAUUAUUGCUGCAGUUUUCUUUCUAAUAAGUGGUAUAAUUUGUCUUUCUUCAAAUUUAGCCAUAGGCAAGACACCCCAUUCCAAAAUUUAA